AUGUCUGCUUUAGAAGCUGCUUUCCAGGAGUUUAUAGAUGCGCUUCCUGACUCAGGCAAAGAGGGAAUCCUACGUUGCCAUCCUGAUCUCGCAGGAAGGGACCUCCACCGCGGAACAUUGACCCCAGAGUCCCAUGAGGAGCAGGGAGGAGCUGGACUCGAUUCUUUGGAUCCAUCUGAAGCGUCGCUUAUGGCUCAACUCAAUCAGAGAUAUAAAAGGCGCUUUGGCUUUCCAUUUAUCAUCUGCGCCAAAAUGAAUGACAAGGGUUCAAUUCUACAGCAGCUCAAGGAGCGUGUGAACAAAGAUCAUGCGGAGGAAAGAGCGCACGGGAUAGAAGAGGUGAAGAAGAUUUGCCACCUGCGCCUGCAAGCCCUCACGGUGCAUAAACUGUGA